GGGCUCAAAGUCCAGACCACCCCACACUGCCGCAUUGUUAAAGCUGUUAUUUAUGUUGCAUGUUUCUUACAGCUAAGCAGGUGUACGCUCAGUGAAAUCUGUCUUUUGGAAUAACUGCCAGGAAUAUAAGGUUCCAUAUUUUCUUGGAUAGCCUAACCAAACAAAAACUUCACAAUACCACAUUUCUUUUGAUGAGAUCAUCUUGUAUGUUUACGAAGAUAUCCAGAUGUGGCUGUGGGCGUUGCUUCCGGUCGGUCUGGCUGUGUUUGGCACGGUGGGCAUCUGGUUAGUGUUUGGCAUGGCUGUGUCCAACGGGACUGUGAAUGUGACUGUGGAGUUUCCUUACAUCAGCACAUGUGGGUCCUUCAGCCCGCAGAGCUGCAUCUUCUCUCAGGUCUGCAACACCUGCGCUGUCCUCGCCUUGUGGGUGGUAGUUAUUCGUUUCCAGCAGAUCAGGGACUAUGGUGACGACAGCAAGGUGAACUUAGCCAGCAUCAUCCUGGGGUUCAUCUCCUCUAUAGGGAUCUCCAUCAUCGGAAACUUUCAGCAAUCUGUGCUGUUAGGGCCCCACCUGCUGGGGGCAUGUCUGGCCUUCUUCGUGGGCCUGGUCUACUUCUGGCUGCAGGCGUGGCUCACCUACAGGGCAGCGCCCUCUCAGGAGCGCUGCUGGGUGGGUCUGAUCAGAACCGUGUGCUGCAGCAGCUGCACGCUCCUGGUCAUCCUCAUGGCCGUAUUCCACAACACAGGGAACCGAACCGGGGGGGCAAUAUGCGAGUGGGCCCUGGUCAUGAUCUUCUUCGUCCAGUUUGGCCUGUUUGGCGCAGAGUUUCGCCACAUAGACUACCACAAGCUGACAGUGCAGAGAAAAGGCUAAGGCAGCAACGCCUUGGCGCCCGCCACGAGUGGGGAGCUGCGGAUGAGCGCCGUGGCCGUAGGACCCUCUGUGGAGGAGAACGGCGCCGGUGGGUUGUUGUAACGACAGCGAAACUGAAUGACUGUAUUGUAAUAUGCUAAUCUGAAUGUAUCGAUGUUUACAGUUCAGGUA